UCAAGUGGAGUGAAAUUAUUACACAUCUAAGGAAACCCGUACAAAAGAGAGGCUGAUGAUCUUCUCUCCACCAUUGAUCUUGAAAGUGUUAAUCCUGGCGCGUUGUGUUGAGCAUUCCGUACGUGCCAAAAAAAGAAUUCAAGGAAUACACUCUUCACUCAGCAUUACUGAUACGGCAAAAGGCGGCUGGUGAACAUCGCUGAUCUGUGUUAUGAUCCCUCUCGAGAGGUGAAACCCGUAGGCAAUCGUGUGUAAUCUGCUGCUGCUGUUGGUGAAGGGGAUCGUGAAGAAACAAAAGCGAAAGUGUUGAGAAGUUGUUGUUCCUGUGCUGUUUACACCUUUCACUCGUUGUUCCAAGUGUCCUUUUUUCCCCUCUGGCCAGAGUUACAGUUCAAUAACUCUUCAGGCCAAUCGGAAGCAAAGUUUGAUCAAAAGGCCUCCAUUUGCGAACGGCAAUCAACGAUGGUGAUUUGGUGGGCCACCGCUAUAGCGAAUUGAGUUUUUCUCCGUCUGUACGAAGCAGCAUUAAAAGCAAUAAUUUAUCCCGUUACUCGGUCGUGGGUUAUUUUCGAAAUGCGAGAAAGACCACGAGCAGGAAGAUUCUAGUUCCGUUGGAAGCUAGCACGAGCGAGCAGAGAGCGAGAUUUGAGAAACCUGCAGAGGCAAAUCAGUGGAAAACCGGUUUAGCACUGCGCCGUGAAACGUGAAGGUUCCCCGCCGGUGUCUUCGUGAACGCCAAGCGAACGUGGUGGGUGCCAGGGGUCGUCGCUGCUUACAACCCUUUUCGAUCCAACACAGAAAGGUGACCACGAAGACGGUGUCACGGUGCCGCUGCUGGAACAUACCAUCAGCUGGAACAGCCACGACCGAAAGAGGGUCUCUUUGCGCAGUGAACAAGAACAACCCGUCGCACACGGCAACAAUGGCCCAUUAAAGCUUAUGAUUCUCCAUCCUUACAAGGUGCAACAGGUCAUCGUGACGACGGCAUUUCUCUGUUAAAACCGAGGAAACCGACGUCCAAACGGCGUUCCAGUUAAUAGUGCCAAAAGUGAAUUGCUUAAGAAAGUUCACAAACGCCUUGGUGCCAAGUGUUCACACGUUAUUAUUGUGGAUAACGAACAGCAGAGUGAAUCCUUCCGGCCAUUCAAUAAGGCGACGCCAUGAUGCCAAACCAGUCACGACAAACAGACGAAACAUCCAGAUAUAGGCGAGAGCACCUUCGUUACUGUGUACUUCUGUGGAUGGAGUGCGCCGGCUUGCCUGCAACAUAAAACGUAAUAAAAAGUUCACCAUCACGUGACAUGAGCUUCAGAGCACGUGGCCGCUCAAGACGAACCACGAUCAAUUUGCUCACUACUAGCCCCUUCGUAAGCAGCCACCGUGGAGCAAAAGCGCAGCCCAGCGGUUACCGGCAAGAAGAUGGCCAGCACUGGUGACAUAUGGUUGCAGUGGUUCUCCUGUUGCUUCCACCAGCCGCAAAGCCCCCGGCGUCGGAGACACCAUCAGCGGCUUCGGAUUGAUCGAUCAAUGAUUGGCAAUCCAACCAACUUUGUUCACACUGGUCACAUUGGAUCAAAUGAUGUAGAACUAUCGACAAACCAUCUCUCCGCCAUACAGAACCAGAUGCAGAGUAAAGGUGGUUACGAGAUGAACUCGCUCAGGUUACAGACUUGCUGAGGUCGGCAUCAAGGCCUUAGAACAGAUUUAAAGGCCGGGUAACAUCACUCAAGAGGGCGCAGCAUUCUACUGGCACCGCACUAAAGCUAUUUUCACUACAUUAGAACCGUUGGAAUGUUGAAAUUUAUCUUACAAUGAAUGCAGAGAACGGCAGAGAGUCGUCCAAAAUUCUUAUUUCUUCCGUCUGCAAUGUGCCUUAGAAAGUGCCUCGGAAGUUACUAUUUGUGAUGGCCAACCACGGUGGCCCGAAAAUACUCAGAUGAUAUCCGCGACGAAAAGCAGAAAGUGUACAGCAUGAAGAGUACAUCAUUCUCAUUUCUUACAUAAAACUGACGGAUUUCACCGAAACUUCUCCCACGCGGGGGCAUUUACCAGCGCUAUGCCAGUUUGGGGUAACAUGAGCUUUGCGUUAGCGUGGAUCAGAUCGAAGAGCAAUUGUAAAUAAUUAUUCUGUAAAUAGUUUCCCUUAUGGAUUGAUGUAACUUGUAAGCGCGUGGUUUGAUAAUUGAAGCUGAGUUUGCCAGCGCGAGGAUAGAACCGACAGUCUGAGGUAACCGACUGCCGGACCCGCAAAUGGUAGCAAUCAAGGAUGCCGGGAGUUAGAACUAAGUGGGUUAGAGUAGAACCGUUGCGACUUGGAGGAAAAAUCUUUGUAACGUUCCGCCUUAGCUGAUAAAAGAAGAGUGAGUGGAAAACGUUGCAAAACCAAUACUGUGCUAACACAAUAAUAAAACGAAUAGUACAUCUUGC